AGGCUGCGUUGUAGAAGGGUGAUGCGAUUAUUUGAAAGUUAUAACGUCGCAUCUUAUCUGUAUUUAAGAACACGAAUUCUCUCAACCAUUUUUCUACUUUUAGAAAGAUCUUUAGUCGCGCUUUUCUGUUCUUGCGCAGGCAGCAUAAGAAUAGGAACGGAAGGAACAAGCAAAAGCGAAACCGGGCCGCGGCUAAACCUAAAGCCGCGUAGAAAUACUUAUUACUCUUCAGCAACAUAAUGUGCGAAACUGCUUCCCUGCCCCUCUGAAAGAAGUGGAAGCGACGAGCUUUCUGCCACACCAAAAUUACGAAACAAAUGGAGUACGGAACUUAAUCCUCAAGAACUUACUUCUGCACGAGGACCUCAGAAGACGGCGACAGCAAUUUCACCGAAUAGUACUCAUUCCGAAAAAAGUGUAGUAAAAAAAAUGGAUCCCGCCUUCUUGAUGCAGAUGCAGAUGAGCAUGCUGCUGCAACAGCAGCAACUGAUGGCAAACGCCAUGGCGGCACAGCAGCAGCAGCAGCAGCAGGGUCAGCAACUACAACCGGGAACAAGUACGAUGUUACCGCAGAUCAACAUGCAGCUGCCACAACUGCCAGGCGCCGGAGCAGUAGUUCCUCCAGGAACUUCUACAAUAGGGAACAACAUGAUGAACCAGCAGCAACCGGUCCAGCAACUGUUGCCAACGAUACCCAACAUGUCGCAGGUUGUGGUUCCGCCCGGAGGUGCUGCUAUCGCCACACCUGGCACGACAGGGAACAAAGGCGGGGGCGCGCCAACUGCACCCGCUUUAUCCGCGGCUCCAGGUGGAGCUGCUCCCGGGGUACCACUUACGGGUGCGGCUGCGGGGCUAGCCGGAAAUGAUGAAACAGACGCCGGCGCGUCCUCAGAAGUAGUGCCUCAUAAUCUACCUCAAGGCACGGCAAAGCAACAGCCGCCACUUCAAGCUACGUCCAAUGCGGCUGAUCUCCUACACACGGCCACCCCGGUGGGUACAUCUAUCCUUGAGAUCUAUCAUUUUACAUACUUACUAUGCAGAGAAACAGAUGUGCUAAUAGGGUAAUCCUAAAAAUCUUCACGCCCAGGUGCGCAGAACUAGAACGACUUGCUUUUCAUCAUGAUUCACAGCAGCUGGUGGCUCGUGCCAGCACGGGCUCCUGGUGAACCAAGUUUGUAUAUUACGGUAGUUUAUUUCAUCAGAAAUGAAACAUUGUUUAUAGAAAAUUGUUCACUUUUAUCUCCCUCAGGACCUGCAGCUGCACCAACGCCCGGGCCGUUGCCUCCAGUGGCCACCCACCCACCAGGAGAGCAAGCUAGUACGGCUCCACCUACGACCGUUGCAAUUCCCAGUUCGGGUAGUGCACAGCUGCUAGCCGCGUCACCCUCUGCAGCUGCUGGCGGUAGUACAUCAUCCAGUUCUACUGCGGGGGUCGUGCCAGGAUUGUUUACAACCCAAACUCCCGCUGCGAACAACAGCGGAAUAAUUCCUGCCACGGCCUCUACGCUUCAAUCUACUGGGCGGACCGCUGGCGGCGCCGCAUCGUCGUCCUCGUCAAGUGGUGGACCACAAGCGCAGCAACAGCUACAGAUGCAGCUACAACCUCCCGCAUAUCAUCCCGCUCUGGUCGUGCCCCCGCAACAGCAGCAGCUCCUGCAGGGGAAUCCGAUUGUUCACCCGAACCCCCUCGCGGCAGCACCACAGGUCGCCCCCCUGCCGCCCAAGCCGGAUCUACGCGAGAUCAAUCAAAAGGCUUUCCUGCUGCCGGGCGGCGACUGGCAGUGCCCGGUGAAAGCGUGCGGAACCAUCAAUUCCAAACGGUUGAAUAAUUGCGAGAAGUGCGGAAAGUCAAAACCGGUGCGGAACGAUGCCGAGAUGCCCAUGACUAUGAGCGCACCGCCAGGACUGUAUAGAGGACGAUAGAUGUUUUUUUUUUGUGUCUAGCAAAUCGUUAUUUGGUUUUGGCAAUCCACGAUAGUUGAGUACAUCUGCAGUUAUCAUAGUCAUGGCAGGUUGCGCAAUCAUCUUGCUGUAGUACACUUGUGAAGACCAAAGAAUAAUAAUCAACCACAUAUUCAUAUCGUACUACAAAAUACACAGGUUCAAGCCUGGAGAUUGGACCUGCUCUUCCUGGUAUCAAACGGAAAUAAAUAAGAGCUGCUCCGGGGCGUACUAUCGUCCUCAAUUCUUUCUAUGCAAUCGAUCCUGAUAGAAGGGGCUCGUCCAUGCAUUCAUCAUAUUCUCUGAUCAAUGAUUUGCAUUUGUGUGGGAUUUUUGUUCACUUCGUACAAGAGAAGCACAAUAGAAAAAUGACCGGUAAACAAGUAAGGAAAUAGCCGCUUCCAGGAAGUAGCUCUUGAUGUUUCCAAGAUGAUACCUGUGCCAAUGUGAACUGGGACUGGCGUACACGGUGCAACCUUUGCCAGAGUCUUAUUGUGAAGAAAAAUCCCCCCUCCCCAUAUCAAAACGAAGUUUCUGAUGCUGGAUUUCCGUACACAAAUCACGGCUGUCUUGCAGUAUAUGCUUGGAGGCAUAUGCCGUGCCUGAGUACAGAGCUGCUGACGUGGACGCUUAGUAUCACAAAUGCCUAUGCUGUAGCCCAGGCAGCAUCACAAACCGCCCGCAUAGUGCGGCGGAGACUGUAGAGUAGCCUUCUUGCAAGACAAAUGUGAUUUGUGACCUCAAAUCAGCAACGCAAAUUUUCGGAGACAUACCUUUUCAAUAUGGGGAGGGGGGAUUUUUCUUUUCAAUAAGUCUGAAACCCGAGCUCCAGGAGAAGCGGGAGGGCGGGCGUGCGGGCGGCUAUUUCGACCGGCAAGACCCUGAGGACCUAUGCAUUGCAAAUAUGUCUGCGUCUGGGUCUGGAUUUGUAAUGCAAGACAUCAAGGACAAUAUGGAUUUGCGAUGCAUAAAUACGAUUGGCCAGUUUCUGUGUCAUGCUGUGAAACUCAGUUAUUUGUAAUGCUUCCGACGAAUGAAUCCGCAAAAUAUAAGCUGAGGAUAUUAACUUGUCAUGCUGUUAUUCCGUACAACUACAAGGAGCCCGUCUGCAAUGCAAGUAUCAGCAACACAAGUUUCCAGACAUCCAGGGAUAUUUGCAUUUCAUAGGACCGAAAGCAACACGAUUCCGACGAGGAGGAAUUUGACGACUAUGGGCGUAUAUCCACCGCAAAUAUGUCUUGAUUUGGAAGAUUGAAACUUGUGAUGCGCAUUUUGGAUCACACAUGAAUCUGUCAUGCAUGGAAGGCAAUACGAAUACUUAAAAAAAUGGCCCGGCGCUUCCUGUCAUCAAAAUCCGGAAGAACGUCUCAUGCGGGAUCAGCAUUAAGAAAGCUUCGCAAAAUUGUGACCAGUAAUGUCGUGCAAAAACAGCAUCACAAAGUCCGCACUUUUUCAGACCACCCAGACACAUUUGCCAUGCAUAGCGUAAAAAAACCACGAAAAAAAAGCAACCCGCAAAGAGCGAGAAGGCCAAGGCCGCGCUGGCGCGACUUUACAAAGGCGGAAGGAACAAGGAGAGGUCCCGAAGCAGGGACAGGGGGCGAUGAGAUGGUGACGGUAGCGUGGAAAAAUCUAUACAAGAACUCUUGCGCGCCCGCGCGGACAGUACAACUCAUGGUUUAUUUCACGCAGCCGGCGCAUAUAGGUUAUUACUGGUGUGUGCCUUCGCCUGCGCGUGUGACUUCGAUGACGUCGCCUGCGGGUGCUGGGGAGGGGUUGGGCGUCCGCGACGUCGUUGUUGCUGCUCUUCGGAGCUCGUGACGACUUCGUUGCAGCUUCCACAUGGAUGCUUGCUUGCAUCUUGCAGGGCAUGUUGUAGGUAGCACUUCGUGUGGAAGUAUCAGGAGUGCUGACACGGAAGGAGAGCUGAGGAGCGUGGCCUAUCGGCUUCGCGACUCCGUCCUUCGCUCCUCGGCGUCGGUCCGCCGGUGUUGAUUGCUUGAAUGCAGUCGACGCAGUCGAGGGGUUCAGCGGUUGGUGUGGGGGCGAGAGGGAGCGCUGCAUAGAUGCUCUUUUGCUUCUGUGAACAGGUUCGUUCUUCUCCUGCUUCGGGGUCUCCCAGGAGAUCCUGACUCAUCCAACGGGCCUGGGGACGCUUUUGUGGCCUUUGCGAAACUUAAAGCAAUCACAGACGCGACAGAUAAUGUCUACUUACCGAGACGCGUGGUCGGUCGCGCAGUGCUUUGUGCUGCUUCCGCCACGAGACGAGUCCGCGGAACCCUCCCGGGCCUUACUUAUCUAGUCACAUUUGGGAGCACGCCCCCACUAUCCUCACCCGGUUCCCGGGUUGUGUCGCGGGGAUAUGUCCCGGCACGAUUCCACAAGCCUCGCUACUUUGCUACGCCGCCCCGUGCGCCCUGCUCUCUGUCCCCGACAGUGCGGGCUGCCCCCUUUGUUUAGUCGCAUUUGGGGAAGACAUUCGGCGGUCCCAGUCGCGCCUCGCGGCUUGGGCCACCUCUUCUAUGUCCGGGGCAUGGCUCUGUGGGGGUCGAGAGCCUGGCUUGCAUGGCCUGCUACCCGUAGCUCGUUGUGCCGGCCGGGUUCUCUCUUGGCUGCCAUUGUGACUGUCGCUCGAGGUCUUGCGACUAUCACUGCGACGCGCUUCUGCACGUCAUUCGCUUCCGUUGGUUGCGCGCGCGUUCACUCUAUGGGUGAAUUGCGCAGAGAAGGCGAAAUUAUAUACAACAAGAAGAAGAACUCUUGCGCGCCCGCGCGGACAGUACAACUCAUGGUUUAAUAUUUCACGCAGCCGGCGCAAGACGUUUCUUGCAGAUUCAAUGAAAAAUAUGGAUUAUGCAAAUUAGUUUGAGCAUGAGCGGCGAACGAACAAGCAUCACGACCAUUCAAAGACUACAGUACGAACUACAUGAUCACAUAGAAGUCACUGCUCGUCGUCUUCAGGAGAGCAACAUGAACUUACUGAGUACGACCGCGAUGUGUUUUUCUUUUUCCCGUCCAU